UAUUAUUGUUAAGAACGGGUGAGAUGUCAGUGCGUGGCGCGAACGACGUUUGCGUCGCUCGCCAUUUACCCUCGUGUAACUUGUGACAUUGAAAAUGGGUUCUUUUUGUAAUUGCUGCCUGGAUUAUGGUGCUGGCCUUCAAGGAACCGAAUGUGCUAACAACCUCAUACUUUGAGUGAUAUAUUGGCGGCACAUAAGUGACAAUGACAGGGGGAUCGGAGAGGACGCUCGUUUCAGGAAAUGAGGUGGUCGGGAAGCUUUGUUUGCAAAUCUCGCCCAAAAGCAGAUCUAUAACAGAAAAACCGGCGCCGGCGCCGCGCAACGGUCCCCACGGCGUGCAGGUCGUGAACACGGGCCCGGAGCACUCGUUCGUGCUCGACGAAGACGCGCUCGAGGAGUUGCUGUUGCAAGAUGACAUCAAGGACAGGUCCGCGGUUGUCAUUUCGGUCGCGGGCGCCUUCCGCAAAGGGAAAUCGUUCCUGCUCGACUUUUUCCUGCGAUACAUGCACCACAAGUAUGGUGCGGGAGGCGGUGGAGGCGAAUGGCUGGGCAAUGAAGAUGAACCACUUUCUGGGUUCAGCUGGAGGGGAGGCUCCGAGCGGGACACCACCGGCAUUCUCAUGUGGUCUGAGAUAUUCAAGGCCACACUCGAAGACGGUGAAAAGGUAGCGAUCAUCCUGCUGGACACGCAGGGCGCGUUCGACAGCGAGUCGACGGUGCGCGACUGCGCCACCGUGUUCGCGCUGUCCACCAUGCUGUCGUCCGUGCAGAUCUACAACCUGUCGCAGAACAUACAGGAGGACGACCUGCAGCACCUGCAGUUGUUCACAGAGUACGGUCGGCUGGCGUUGGAGGACGGUGGGCGGACGCCGUUCCAGCGGCUGCAGUUCGUGGUCCGGGACUGGAGCUUCCCCUACGAGGCGCCGUACGGAGCUCAAGGCGGACAGAGCAUCCUGCAGCGACGACUCAAGGUUUCGGAAAAGCAGCACCCGGAGCUGCAGUCGCUGCGGAAGCACAUCACGUCGUGCUUCGCGGAGAUCGCGUGCUUCCUGAUGCCGCACCCCGGCCUGCGCGUCGCCACCAGCCCCGACUUCGACGGCCGACUUACAGAUAUCGAGCCAGAGUUCAAGCGUGCGCUGCAGCAGCUCGUGCCGAUGCUGCUGGCGCCACACAACCUCGUGCCGAAGCUCAUCAACGGGCAGCGCGUCCGCUCUAAGGACCUGCUGCACUACUUCAAGUGCUACAUGAACAUCUAUCGCGGGAACGAGCUGCCCGAGCCGAAGAGCAUGCUGGUCGCAACCGCUGAGGCCAACAACCUGACGGCGGUGGCAGAGGCACGCGAGGUGUACACGACACUGAUGGAGGAGGUGUGUGGGGGGGCGAGGCCUUACCUACAGACCACGCUGCUGGAAGCCGAGCACACGCGUGUGCGUGACAAAGCGCUGCUGGCCUUCCGCGCCAAGCGCAAGAUGGGCGGCGACGACUUCAGUCGCUCGUACUGCGAACAGCUGCUUCAGGACCUGGAGGACCAGUUCCAACAAUUCCGCGCCCACAACGAGAGCAAAAACAUCUUCAAGGCGGCGCGCACGCCGUCCGUGCUGUUCGCGGUGGCGCUCGUGUUCUACGUGCUCAGCGGCGUGCUGGGGCUGGUGGGCCUCUACCCGCUCGCCAACCUCUGCAACCUCACCAUGGGCGUCGCGCUACUCACGCUGGCGCUCUGGGCAUACAUCAGGUACAGCGGUGAGAUGAGAGAAUUCGGUAUAACAAUAGAUGAAUCGGCGAAUUGGCUCUGGGAAAAUGUGAUGAAGCCAGUGUACCAGGCGGGGCUGGAGAAGGGCAUGGAGCACGCGGCGGCCGUGGCGGCCGAGCGCGCGCUGGGCCCGCCCACGCCCACGCCCACGCCCAGCGCCAACGGCAAGCACAAGCACUUGUGAUGCUCGCCCCGCCCCGCAGGCGCGACGGACACUCGACAACGGCCGCACACUGCGGAUAACCAAAUACGGCAGCUGAAUAUGAAUCACGCUACUAGUCAAGCUGAUAGCAGUAACUUUGACAAUAAUCAUUAUUGGUCACGCUCGGGGACCUGCAGUAGAUUGGUCUCCGACACCUUCGUCCAUAUCGAGAGCAAUAACUAUAGACGUCUCCCUGACGAGGAUGGCACGCAGAACCAUACAGCCGAUGGAAGUAACGAGAUUCAUAUAGAUAGGAAACAGUCGGCUAUUGACCUCUCUUGUAAGUGUAAUAUUAGACACCUAAGUUCUCAUUACAGAGAUGCAUAUCAGGAGCCCGGUCACUCGGACGAGAUCGACUGGAAUAGCGGCAGUUCAGAUUGGAAUAUAAGCAAUACUUGUACGACACGUAACACAAGGAGCUGGCCCAGGAAAUUUAUCUCAUUGACGUACAUUGUAAUUUAUUAUACUAGAUUAAUUUGCCAGCAUAGUUAUAGACGAGUGAAACAUCUUAACUAUUUUUCAAUGGAUCUAAGCUCAAAAGUAGCAAUAAAACUGUUAUCAGACUAGAGAAAUUUUUAAAAGUUUAUUUGUUAUUAUGUUUCCGAUGUGGGCAUCGUGUCAUACAUAUCAUCAGACUGCUCCAGCGAGUCGAGUGUAUGUAAACAGUGUUGGUGUCUGUGGUUGAGUGUGGCUCGAUGAACGAUUUCAAAUCUUAGUGAGUUUUAAAAGUGACAAGUUUAAUUUUUAAUCGUUUUAUGUAGCUUAGUGGUUGGUUUUCAUAAAUUUUAUGGUAAAGGAAUGUUGACGGUGUCGGUGGGGAGCAUUUUCAAUAGGUCCUUGUACAGUCAUAGACAAAUUAUAUUAUUAGUUAUAAUAUCAUAAUAGGUUAAUUAUUAUUGCUUGAUUAAUCUAAUAAGGAGCGCUCAAUGUGUAAAAACUUUACUUAAGCAUGUUCAUUGACUUGAAACAAAGUCACUUUUGAAUAAAUGCCGUGCGAGAAACACUCGUCGGCAUAUGUACGAUAUCUUGGUUUAUAUGUCUCGAUAUAAAUAUAACGAAUUUAACAGUUCUCAUUAGAGUUUCUAUAACUUAUUUUAAAUAAGUAAAUGACGUUUAUUAAAAAUAAUAUCUCUUAGAUUAAUAAAGCAAUACAACAAUAAAAUCUUUGUGAAGGCAGACUUGAAUCAUGAGUAUAUUUAAUAAAAAGUUUAAAAUUGAUGUAAAAUAAUCGAUCUUGAAAAUUUAAAAAGUUGCACAAAUUGUGAGUUUAUAAAUCAUGUUUUAACAAGAAUCAGAUUAAAUUAAUCAAACACUUGUUAAGUUGCACUAUAACUGUUGAAAACGUACUUAAAACUGUAAUUAUGUCUGUGUAAAAUAUAUUGUUUGAAAUAAGUAUCAUAUUGUUAAGACGUUGGAUUUUGUAAAUACUGUUUCAAACAUAUGUCAUUGUGUUGUAACGUUAUUCCUGAAUGUGCCAAUUUCAAGUUGAUGUUUUUAAAAAAUAAAAUCCGACAUCACGGUGGGAACAAAAGAUUUUUGAAUAAUAUUAUGUUGUAAAGUUCAGAGUUUAUUUCGUUGUUUGUUAACUAAACUCGGAAUAAUUUAAACGCCGUUUGUUUCUGUUCACCUUUACCUAUGUUUAAAAUACAGGUUUUUUUUUUUUAAUUUUACAUUGAUUUAUUUAAGACAUAUUGAUCAGAAUAUAAAUGGAUUACACCAAAUUUUAAAAAGUUACGUUGUGAUUCUGUGUUUAAAAUUCAAGACGCUGAAUGUGUAACCCAAACUUUUGACAAUAAUUUACAGUCGGAAUAAAGUUGCUUUACUCUAUUUAUCUCUGUAAUAAUUAAAAUAUACUUUUGUUUGAGGUUAAAAUCAUUACAUUCUACACAACAUAUGACUUAUAUAUAUGAUGCAAAUAAGUUAUAAUACUUUUUAGUUGACAAUUAUAUUUAUAUGUUAAAGUACAGGGGUUCGAUUCCACUUGUCAAUUGAUCAAUUGUAUAGCCUUACAGUUAUUUGUGCUUGCAGCUUGAAGGGCUUUUUAUCAUUGUUAUUUAUAUAAUUGUUAUAUUUUAAAUUUCGUUAUAGUUACAAUUUUAUUUCAUUGCUUUGUUCAUUUUUGCUCAAAAUGCCAUUGCCUCUAUAUUAAUAUUAGGAUAUUUAUAAUCUGUAUUUUUAGAUUUACUUCAAAGAAUAUAUACAAUUUUUUUUGUUGACAGUGAAAUAAUUCCAAAAUGCACUUUAGUCAUGUAUAUACACUUAAUAAAUAGAUUAAUAAUAGUGUUGAUUACUAAAUUAAAAAAAAAACUCGAUCUAUAUUUUUCAUAUAUUUAUCUGUUCUUGCUAAAUUCUACCGUCUAUCGAGCUAUUGUAGUCAGCUAUCCUUGAAUUUAAUUUAGCACUUCUCACUUAUGCCUUGUAUAUUUAGUGCCAUAAGCAUUCAUUAGGGUGACUGAUCUAUACUAUGAUCUGCAUAAAAUACAAUUAUAUAGCAUAACAGAAAUACUCGUUUUAAAAAUGUAUAUAUAUUUGAAUAAAAGUAUAAUUGCUAAUAUUUCUAUUUAAUUACAUUUGAUUUUUUUACUAUUAGAACAGUCGCCCUGGCUCUCGUAAACGUUAUAGUCGGUUUGGGUCUAUGAGUUAAAUUUGCUGAAAAUAAAAUAAUUAUUCAAAUAAACUUAUUGAAUUUUAUAUAUU